UGCAUUAUGUCAUCUGACAUCAGCAAAAAUAGCGGAGAGUUGGUUAGCCAUUCCUAAUGCACCUUUUCAUCUUCAAUUAACCUCAGGUGCAUCGAUACACAGGUUGCCGACGACGGUGGCCUCGCGCAACAUUGCCAAUUCAAUUGGCAGACAAUACUCGAUACCGAGGAUGAUGGACGGACGAUUGGAGCGAGACCGAUGGACCAGAAAUGAAAGUCAUAAACGGCACAGGGAUAUUACACGAGGAUUGCAAGUGGAAUUAUCCGGCGUUGGCGACACCGGAUACCUAUUCGUUGACCCUUUUCUUGAACUUGAAAAUCGCCCAGUGAUGGAUAGUCUCGCUGCAUUUGCUGAGAUGUUGACUGAGUGGUAUCAAAAUGCCUGUGUCGUGACUGGUGCAGCCGUGUCGGACAUUAAAACCCUUUGGAUAAUAACGAGCGGAAGUUAUUUGCAUAAAGGAAAAAUCGUGGGAAAACUCGUGUCAUAUUACCUCAUUGUUUUGGCGAUUUACGUGAUUGAGACAGGACUGUGGGUGAAUAAAAAAAUUAUCGAGGUACUCACUGGUGUCAUCGCAGAAGCGAAAGAGAGCAACGAAGCGACCCUAGCCCUCGCUGUUUUUCUUCUUCUCCUCGUGACCUCCCUUAUUACAACGAUCACUACAUUUUCCUGCAACGACUGAUGCCUCCAACUAUUCACAAUGAAACCUCACCAAUAUAAUCACGAAGGCAUCCCGUGAUUUCCGCGAAUCACGCGAACGCAUCUCAAAUCCAUUUGGACGUUUUUAUUUGCCUCAAACUCCCCGACUAAUCGCUCCAUCUCGAUCUCCAAUAAUUCCAUCACGGAUGAAAUCACGGAUUCCCACAGACGAGCUAAUAAAAACUGAAAAAUUACUCGAAAAUCGUUCAAGUUAAUCAACACAAGCAAUUGGGAUGUUCACUCUCGAUUGAAAUAACGAGAGUGAAAUGAAAUAACAAAAACCGAAAAAACAUCUGUAAAAAUUAUUGUGUGGAGAGUGAAUCAAUAUUCCCACCCAUUUUUCAUCGUUACCCACCGUUUCCUCAGAUA